GCCCAGUGACCAACUCUGACCCCAGCGAACGCAUCAUCCGCCUCCCACCUAUCGCCAUUCUCCAUUCCCACUAAGCAGUGGCCUGUCGGAGCAACGCAACCAGCAGUUGGACUGUAGUCAUCCCGCCUCUCUCUGGUCUCGUCUCGCCGGCCUUCGGUCAUCAGUCGUCAGUCGUAUCUAUCUAUCUGCCUACUUCGUCUACUCUUAUCCUUCCUUCCCCAUCAUCUCCUUCAUCCCUCAUCAAUUCAUCCAUUCUUCCUUGUUUGAUUGCUUUGUUCAUCUUCUCAUUUGAACAAGCAGCCCUCUGGUUUCCAUCUCCUACCCUCACGCCUCCCACUUCCCAACCCUCACCAUGAAGGGCUUCCUCGGCCUAACCCUCCUCCCACUCCUGGCGGCAGGCUCGCCGGUCUUUGUUGACACCAUCCACAAUGAAGCUGCUCCCAUCAUCUCCUCUACAAAUGCAAAGGAAAUCCCUGAUUCCUACAUGGUAGUCUUCAAGAAGCAUGUCUCUCAAAAGGGUGCUCUCCAACAUCAAGCCUGGAUCGAUGACAUCCACUUGUCAUCCACCAUCCGCAAGCAGGAGCUACGGAAACGAGGCCUUACUCUUGAAGAUGCCAUCAACUACACUGGCUUGAAGCACACCUACAACAUUGCUGGAAGUGUCAUGGGUUAUGCUGGUCAUUUCGACCCCGAAGUCAUUGAGCAAGUUCGCAUGCACCCAGAUGUCGAGUACGUUGAACGUGACUCAGAAGUCCAUACUCUUAAGAAAGACACCUCUCCUUCCCUCGAGAAGAACGCCCCUUGGGGUCUCGCUCGUAUCUCACACCGGGAUUCUCUGAACUUUGGAAGUUUUAAUAAAUACCUCUAUUCCGACAACGGUGGCGAGGGUGUUGAUGCCUACAUCAUUGACACUGGUACCAACGUUGAUCACGUUGACUUUGAAGGCCGUGCCAGCUGGGGCAAGACCAUCCCUGCCAACGAUGAAGAUGUUGAUGGAAACGGCCACGGGACUCAUUGCUCCGGCACUGUUGCUGGAAAGAAGUUUGGCGUUGCCAAGAAGGCCAGCAUCUACGCCGUCAAGGUCUUGAAGUCUAACGGAUCCGGUACCAUGUCUGAUGUCGUCAAGGGUGUUGAAUGGGCCGCCAAUGCUCACGCCGAAAGCAUCUCCGCCGCUAAAAAGGGCAAGAAGAAGGGCUUCAAGGGCAGCGUUGCCAACAUGAGCUUGGGAGGUGGCAAAUCCAGACUCCUCGAUCUCGCAGUCAAUGCCGCUGUUGAUGCCGGUCUUCAUUUCGCUGUUGCUGCCGGCAACGACAACGCCGAUUCUUGCAACUACUCUCCCGCUGCUGCUGAGAAUGCUGUCACCGUCGGUGCCUCCACCUUGUCCGACGAGCGCGCAUAUUUCUCCAACUUCGGAACCUGCAACGACAUCUUUGCUCCCGGCUUGAACAUUCUGUCCACCUGGAUCGGCAGCAACUAUGCCACCAACGUCAUCUCCGGAACCUCAAUGGCCUCUCCUCACAUUGCUGGUCUUCUCGCCUACUACCUGUCUCUGCAACCCUCAAGCGACUCCGCUUAUGCCGUCGCUGAGAUCACCCCCAAGAAGCUCAAGGCUAACAUCAUCUCCAUCGCCACGGAAGGUGCCCUGAGUAACGUUCCGGCCGACACUGCCAAUCUCCUCGCAUGGAACGGUGGCGGAAGCUCCAACUACACCCAGAUCAUCGAAGAUGGUGGCUACACCGUCGACAACGGUCUCGGCAGCACCACCGGUGAUUACAUUAGCGAGAAGGCUGCCCAACUCAAGGCCGAACUCCAGAAAAUCGCCGCUGAACUCGAGGCUCUCAUUGAGAGAUCUUGAGUUUCCUAGUCUUGACUGAGAACAUGUCAAGUCAUGUCACAUCCGUGUCUUGCGAUUCAGCGGUUCCAUUCGUUGGCAUGCAUUCUAUGGCACGGAAGGAUCGCGUAUUGGGAAUCAGGGAAGAUGUGACGGAAUGGCGGGUGGUUCAUGAAGAAGAGUGAAUUAAAUCCUUUGGAUUAGCUGCAUAGUAUUUGUUCCAUGAACAUGGGAAUAGUUGUUGUUCUUGUUGUUGUGGACAAGAGAUAGGCCUGUAUUGCAUAUCGGGCCUGUAGGUCGGUCAAAUGCUCCGGCGGAUGGGUUACGUACAUACAUAUUUGAUGGCUAGACUAGACAGGUAGUCAAUGCCUCAAUGCCUUCUCGAAUCACACACGAUCGAUCGAUGUUUGUUCUUCUGGCUUGGUCUCAAUAGAUCCAUAUGGCCUUGAAUCACAUUCCCAUAUGACAGAAUCAGGUUUUCGUCUCUUGGGACACUUCAGAGUGUCUCCGUUUACGAAGCACUAGAUAGCAUGUCGACUCUAAUGGGAAGAGGAUCCAAGCAAUGGUCUUGUUUCACCACGAUCACCACAAUCAUCCUCAUCGUUGUUGUCGUCGUCCUCUUGAUCCCGCCCAUCGCCACGACCAUCCGUAGAAGGCAAAUAACCAAACUCCCCCUUCUUCACCGCCCUCACAAACCAAGUACCCCCCUUCUCAUCCUUGGCCUCCUUGAAAAACUCUU